AUGGACAACCGCGACGACCCCAUCUUCCAGUUCUUCCCGGAUGCUGAUUCUAUCGACCUAUACGAAGUCCUCUCCGUUACGCAUGAUGCGACGUCAGACGAGAUCAAGAAAGCAUAUCGUCGUCUCGCGCUUGCCCAUCAUCCAGACAAGCAUACCACCGCGAGCGAAUCUGCCAAAGCCGACGCGUCUGUGAAGUUCCAGCAGAUUGGUUUCGCGUACACUGUCCUCUCAGACGAUAAGCGGAGAAAGAGGUACGAUUCAACGGGUAAGACGGAUGAGGGGGUCAACCUCGCGCCCGGGGUGGAUGGCUGGGAGUCGUAUUUUGAGGACCUAUUUGAUCGCGUCACGAAGGAGAAGCUUGAUGAGUUGAAGAAGGAAUACCAAGGCUCCGAGGAGGAAGUAGAGGACAUCAAGAAAGCGUAUCUCGACUGCGAUGGUUCCAUCGACGACAUUAUGAACCGUAUCCCCCAUUCGACAUUUGAUGAUGAAGCGCGCUUUGUCGUCCUUAUCUCUGAGCUUAUUUUGAAGGGGAGCCUCCCAUCAUCUCCGCAUUGGGAAGCUGGUAUUAAGGAUGAAAAGGCAAAACUAGUGCGUAAGAAGCAGAGCCAGAAGGAGGCUGAGGAGGCUGAGAAGCUCUCCAAGGAGCUUGGGGUUUGGGAGGAAUUUUAUGGCGAUGCAAGACCUAGUCCAACGAAGGGCCGAGGGGGUGGCAAGGGGAAAGCCAAACAGCAGGCGGAAGACCAGGAGGAAGAUCACUCUGCACUACAGGCUCUUAUCCUAAAAAAGAGGAAUCUGGACGGAUUCUUCGACAGUCUUGCGGCGAAAUAUGCCGAACCAGAGCCAAGGAGUAAGAAGGGUAGGAAACGCGGGAAGGCGGCAGACGGUGACGAGGCCGGGGAACCUCCAAAGAAGAGGAAAUUGGUUGCCGUAGAACCUCCAGUGAUUGAUGAAGAAGAGUUCCGGCGGUUGCAACAGAAGCUCUUUGAUAAUAAGACUAAGUCGGAGGAGGAUGCAGACCGCGCAUCUUCCAAGGGGAGAAAGGCAACUCGAGACAAUACGGUGAGGAGGGCUAGAUAA